GUUUUACACGUGGUUACGGAUUAGACAUUUGUAUGAUUCUAACAUUUUUUCUUUUACCUUAUUAAAAGUAUUACAUGUGUGAGUUAUAUAGGUUCAUGAUAUUUGUAUAACUAGGUUUUCCACUUUCAUAUUUUACAGUAAUUUAUAAACAUUAUGUCAGAAAAUACUACUGCAGAGAACAUUUCGUUCCAAGAAAAUGAAAAUAUUGAUGAUAGUGAGCUGCAGUCUAAAUUAUAUGCAAACAUUUAUUACGAAUCACACAAUGCUGAAGCUACUACUGCUACUACAAAGAUUCUAAAGGCAAUUCAUUUUGAUAAUAUGACUAACAAAUUAAGCAGUGAACAAGAGAAUACGCAAGCUAACACCGAUACCAAUCAGCUUUUAGAAUCUGCAAGUACAAUUAGAUUGACUGAUCAAGAAACAAGUUCUGUCAUUCAAGACCAUGUCAACACUGACAAUGAUAGGUACUCGGGAAAGUUUUCGACAACAGAGAGAAAGGAAAAUAAUAAAAAUUUUUCUCAGAAGCAUAAAUCUUCAAAUAAUAUAACAGAUAAGGAUUCAGAUAUUUUAGAAAUAUAUUCUAAAUAUAAUGUCCUUCAAAAACAAGAAAAGAAGAAGUUAGUCAAGAAGGCAGACAAAGAAACAUCAGAUGGUUCUGAGUCUGACAAUUCUAUUUUUGAAGUACCAAUACCACCUAAACCAAAACCUCCUCUUAUAAACUUACAAGAUUCGGAUGAAGAAGAUAAUGUAAAUGCAAGAAUGAGUGAAAAUGAUACAACAAAAUCUAAUAAAACUGCUAAAAUAACAUGCAUACCAGAAGAUAUUGCUCUGAAUUGCAGCUUAGUUCACAGUCCAACUCAAAGAGGUGCUUCAAGCUUGAAUGAAAUCAGACAGUUAUCCAGAAGUGCUGAACAAAAUCAAGAAGAAUUAUCUAAAACUAAAAAUCAAAGCACUAAUAAAAACCUAUCACAUAAUAAAACAACCAAAAAUAACAUCAAUCGCCGGCUUACACUAGAAGGAAACUCGCCAAUAACAAAACAACCAAAUACUGACAAAAAUAUUAGUGAGUGUAAUGUGAAUAAUUUUAAACCUUUAGACCAAGACCAAUUACAUAAUAUAUCUAUCGAGGUGUCAUGCACUAACAGUAAUCCAAAUCGAAAGAGACAAUUUACCAACAAACUUGACGAAAGUUCCAAAGAGAAGCGACAAUGUAGUAGUCAACAUACAUCACAAGACAAUGGCAGCAAAGUACGAAGAAAAGAGUCAUGGAAUGACUAUAUCUUCAAACCGAUGACAGAUGAAAUGAAGGCUUACUACAAUUCUACCCAGAUUCAUGAAGACUUUGAUGUUGUUCAGUUGCAGCAUAACAUGUCAAAUGAUCCACGAAAAUGGGGAAUCUUGGAUGAAGAUUUAAUGCCAAGACCUUCAAGUAAUAAACAGCAUGUCAGAUUUUGGAAUGUAAAGUGCGGUAAUUGUCGCCAAAACGGUCAUCAACGGUACGAUUGUUCGGCGCCACGUAAAGCCAUAAAUUGUUACAUAUGUGGCGAGAAAGGCCACAAUGAGUCUCGAUGUCCGAAGAAAAGUUGUCUUACAUGCGGUAAGAAACAGAACACGUUUUGUCAAACUUGUGAAAAUUGUCGUGUCUUGUACUGUACUAUGUGUAAUUCGACAGGACAUCAACGAAAAUAUUGUCCAGAUCUGUGGCGACGAUAUCAUCAAAUAACUACUAUGGACAGUCUGCCACAGAAUCCUGGAAAUGUGAUGAAACCAAGGAGUCAAUUGCAUUGCUGCAACUGCGCCAAGUACGGUCACGAAUCAUCUACAUGCAAAGAAUAUCGAUGGUCUCAGCAUUUUCCUACUCCUGCGGCCGUUACCAGUUACACAUGUGGACCAAGAUAUAGACCGGAUGACAUGAGUGUCUCUAGUCUUGGACAAUUUACUCAGGAAGCAAAUGUGUUCUUAUCUACUGAAAUGAGAAACGGAUUGAUUCCACAUAGUUCGUUGAAUGUACAAGAAACAACACAAUAUUCAGAAUUUUCUGCUAAUGCGUGUUUAUUGCCAGUGUCUGAAAGCAAAGUGACAUUACACAGACGAGAAGCUAUGUCUCUUCCAGAAGGAGAAAGAACUAUAGCAACUUCUUCUACAAUAUGUAACAAAAAUAAAACAAAAGAAAUAGAUUUUUAUCACGUUAUGUAUCAUUACAGUAAAUUACGUAAUAAGAAUAAUGAAAAAAUGCAGAUAAUGUUGAAGAAUUUAUCUGACCUUAUCAGAACAGCAGAAGCUUCAAUUUAUGUGAAAGAAACUAUUAGUAGUUUGGCAAAAGGCGAAGUUACUCCAGAUUUUUUCAAAGCAUUGACUGAUAAAGAAAUAGAAUUGGAAGUGACAAUAGGCUUCAAAACUCCAGAAAAUAAUAAUCUAACAUUACAGAUAAUAGCAUUACAAAAGAAUCUAAAAGAGAUAUAUAAGUUGUUCCUUUAUUGGAUUGAACUUCCAAACGAUGAGAAGGAUUAUGGGAUAGAUGUAUCUCUACCUACAAAUCUUACGAAGAUGUAUAACUUGUUAGACGGUAGAAGGCAGCAGCUCGAGAAACAGAAGUUCAAAUCUUAUAAGGAAUUUGUAGAAACACGUUCACAAAAUCUUCUUCAUCUCAUAAAAUACGAAAAAAAGCAAUUAACACAGCACAAUAGAACUAAAAAGGAAUAUCGUCGCUUACGCACGAAGUUAUGGCGUUUACAAAUCAAACUUCUUAUGAUUGUUAAUACCGAGCCUAAAGCAAAUAACUAUGUACAUCAAUAUUAUGUGACACUACAUAAGCUCAAAAAGUCGAAAAAAGUAUUCGAUGUACUCGACAACGUUGCAUUUUUAAGAAUUAUUUUGCUUUAUAAUAAUUUAUUCGUACCUCACACUCCCAUCAAUGCAGAACAGACAAUAAAUUGCAUUAUGAAAAAAGCACAGCAAAUAAACAAAAUGAAUGAACAAGUAGCAAUGAAUACGUUACAAGCACAGCAAGAAAUCUGUAACCACACAAUACAACCAUUUUACACUGAUGUAAAUCUUCCAUCGGAGCCUUCUACAUUUCAUAUGCCACAAGAUAAUUUCAUUGAAAGUUCUUCCAUGAUCAACAUUCAACAAACUGCGCCUACUGAUGUAUCAUUUAGAGAUGAUGUAAACAUUUUGCCUAACACCAACGAUUCAACAAAUCACACUUGUGAUGAUGAGGUAAUAAUAACAUAUGUAAGUGAUCAGAUUGAAAACAUACAACCUACAGCACCUACCAAUAUUGAAAAGAAACAGAAAAAGAAACAAAAAAUUGAAUUAAAAAUAUCAGAUUCAGUGAAAAUAUUAAAUUUAAUAAACCAAGCUCGUGCGUUUAACUUACCUUAUAUGUUACAAGCAGCUGAUAAAUUAGAAAAAAGUAAAAACAAUGGAAUGCUCAGAAAGAAACAUGUCAACACACUAACUAAAUUGAUUGAACUAGAAAAAAAACACCGGAAGAAUGUCAACUCUUAUUGUAAAUCCUUAGGAAAAUAGUUUAUUAUAAAAGAUAAAGAGCUCAAUCUCUCAGUGAUAUUAUGAUAUCAUAACUACAAGUUGAGACAUGUAAAAUAUUUGUAUAUGUUUUUGUGUUAUCAUAAUAAAAAAACUGAUCUUGAUUUUUUAUUAUUCA